AGGCAUAAAAUAACUUUGUUUAUCAAUGGCUGUUGCUGCUCGCGAAGAAGACUAGAACAAACAGGUUUCUUUCUUGGUUUGUCUUCCACGCAUGGAGAUGCUUCUCGAUCCACACAAUACCCACACGCUCUCCUCUUCCAUGGCUCGCUAAAUCGCGCUACCUGAUUAACAAUCCUUCGAUCAUUUAUAUUCUCUCGUAAAUUUUCUAGGUUCCCCCUAUUUCCAGAUAAUCUCUGAAUUUGACUCAUCAUUUCCUGUAAUCAGCUCCAAACAAUUGCAGAAUCCAUUCUGCCCGGUUACCAUCUCCACCGCCAAUUUCUGACCUUCAUUGAGCCCACCCCACUCCUUGUUAUUGGGGUUUUGGACACACCCUUUUCCUUUGGGUUGUUUGGGAAUUUUUGAAUGGAUGCAAACAAUUGGAGACCUACUCAAGGUGGAGAACCUGGAAUGGAGGCCGGGGAUUGGAGGUCUCAAUUGCAGCCAGAUUCUCGACAUCGAAUUGUCAACAAAAUAAUGGAGACAUUGAAGAGGCACCUUCCUGUCUCUGGUCAAGAGGGACUGAGUGAACUACGAAAAAUUGCUGUAAGGUUUGAGGAAAAGAUUUUUACUGCCGCUACCAGUCAGUCAGAUUACCUAAGGAAAAUAUCUCUGAAGAUGCUUACCAUGGAAACGAAAACUCAGCCCCCUAUGGGGAAUCCAUUACCAUCCAAUCCUAUGGUGCCUAGCAAUAAGCCUUUGGAUGCUGCAUCACAAAGCAUGCAGCCUCCAUCAAUUUCUGUUCCUCAGUCAUCCAAUCAGUCUCAGCAGCGCCAGCAAAUAAUCCCUCAGAACAUCCCAAAUAAUAUUGUUCCCCAGAGUUCAUCCAGCUUAUCUUCUGCAGUACCUCCUGUUGCUGGAUUAGCUCCAUCUUCAAUGUCAAACAUGGUUGGUCAGAAUCCGAACAUUCAAAAUGUGUCUGGAGUUCCACAGAAUUCUGGUGGAAAUGCUAUGGGUCAAGGGGUUCCUUCCAAUGUAUUUACCAACUCUCAGAGACCACUACAAGGAAGACAAGUAGUUCCCCAGCAACAACAGCAGCAGCCGCAAACCCAGCAGCAGCAGUAUCUUUAUCAGCAACAGCAGCAACAGAUGCACCAGAUCAUGAAGCAUAAGUUUCAGCAGGGAAAUAUGUCACACCCACUUAUGCAACCUCCUCACAUCCCACAACAGCAACAAAAUGUAAUGCAAUCAAAUCAAAUGCAAUCGUCUCAGCAAUCUGUCAUGCAACCUUCUAUGAUGCAAUCUUCGCUUUCUAAUCUUCAGCAAAACCAGCAAUCUCCCAUUCAACAGUCCACUCAAUCCAUGCUUCAGCAGCCUCCACAACCAGUUCUUAGGCAGCAACCACAGUCCCAACAACAUGCUGUCAUACAUCAGCAGCCUACAAUGUCACAGCAGACGAACUUGUCCUCCCAGCAGCAACAACAGCUAAUCAAUCAACAAACAAAUUCUUCAAACAUGCAGCAGAGUCCAUUAAUCGGGCAGCAGACCAGUGUUGGGGACAUGCAGCAACAGCUGCCUCAACAAUCAAGGUCGCAUGGGCAGCAGAGUAAUCUGUCGAACAUGCAGUCUCCGCCAUCACAGCAGCACAUGGCUCAGCAAAGCAACCUAUCAAGUUUGCAGCAGCAGCAGUUAGGACCUCAAAGUAAUGUUUCUGGACUACAACAAAUGCAUGGAACUCAGUCAGGUAACUCAAACAUGCAAUCAAACCAGCACUCCAUGCAUUUGCUGCAACAGAACAAGGUUCAAAUGCAGCAGCAACCUCCACAAAAUACAUCGAAUUUAUUGUCAACCCAAGGUCAGCAAGGUCAACUUCAGUCAUCCCAACAGUUGAUGUCACAGAUUCCGUUGCAAUCCACACAAGUCCAACAACAGGUUCCUCUACAGCAGCAGCAGCAGCAGCAGGCAACUGCCAUGUCGCAUGAGCUCCAACAAAGGAUUCCAGUUGGAGGUCAAGCACCUGGCUCCUUGCUUCAAUCACAAAACGUAAUGGAUCAGCAAAAGCAGUUGUAUCAUUCACAAAGAGCUCUUCCAGAGACAUCAUCGACAUCUUUAGAUUCCACGGCUCAGACAGGACAAGCCAAUGGUGGUGAUUGGCAAGAGGAGAUUUAUCAAAAGAUUAAAGCUAUGAGGGAGUUGUACUUUAAUGAAUUGAAAGAGAUGUACCAGAAAAUUCUUCCAAAAGUGCAUCAGUAUGACAGUCUUCCACAACAACCAAAGUUAGAGCAGCUAAAUAAGCUGAAGACAUUUAAGGGCAUUUUGGAACGCCUUCUGACGUUUUUACAGCUUUCAAAAAAUAGUAUUGCAAUUGAAUUGAAAGAUAAGAUAGGCCAGUAUGAGAAGCAGAUUGUUAGUUUUUUACAUUCCAACAGGCCUUCAAGGAAUCGAGCCCCUACACUGCAGCCAGGACAGCAUCCUACCAUACAACCUAUACAACAGUCACAAUCACAGAUGACCCCGUUGCAAUCUCCUGAAAAUCAAAUCAAUCCCCAACUGCAUUCUGCGAACAUGCAAGGUUCUGUUGCUCCUGUGCAGCAGAAUAAUAUGAGCAGUCUGCAGCAUAAUUCUCUUCCAACUUUUUCAGGAUCAGCAGCACAACAAAACAUGACGAUCCCGAUGCAGCCUGGUUCCAGUUUGGAAUCAGGACAAGGUAAUUCACUGAGCUCGUUGCAGCAGGUUGCUGCUGGGUCUUUGCAACAGAACCCUUCAAACAGUUCCCAACGGUCAAAUAAUGGUUCUUUGCCAUCACAAAAUGUGGUGAACACUCUGCAGCAAAACAUCAAUUCUCUUCAAUCAAACCCUAAUAUGCUUCAACAUCCACAUCUGAAACAACAGGAUCCACAACAGUUGCUGCAGUCACAACAACUGAAACAAAUGCAGCAAAGACAGCUGAAGCAGCAGGUGUUGCAACACCAGCAACACCAGCAACACCAGCAACACCAGCAGCAACAGCAACAGCAACAGCAACAGCAGCCACAAUUACAUCAGCAACAGUCACAGCUUCAUCAACAAGGAAAGCAACAGUUACCCACACAAAUGCAGACACACCCAAUGUCACACCUUAAUCAAAUGGAGAUCAGUGAUCUGAAAAUAAGACAGGGGCUUGCUGCAAAGCCAGGGAUGUUUCAACAUCUCCCAGCAACUCAGCGUGCGGCUUAUACCCAUCAGCAGAUGAAACCAGGGACUUCAUUUCCUAUUUCUCCCCCAAUCUUUCAGGCUGCAUCCCCUCAAGUUGCCCAAAAUUCUUCUCCACAGGUCGAUCAACAAAGCCUUCUUUCAUCCAUUACUAAAACUGGAACUCCUUUGCAAUCUGCAAGCUCCCCUUUUGUUGUACCAUCUCCUUCAACACCCAUGGCUCCAUCUCCAAUGCCUGGUGAAUCUGAAAAGCCCACUUCUGGUGUCUCAGCACAUACAAAUGCUGGGAAUGCUGGACAACAAACUGGUGUGUCUGGGACACAAGCCCAAUCUCUUGCCAUUGGCACCCCUGGGAUAUCUGCCUCACCAUUGCUAGCUGAGUGUGGUACAGAUGGCGCUUAUGCCAAUGUGUUACCAACUGUUUCUGGCAAAUCAAGUUUUACAGAGCAGCCUCUUGAACGCUUAAUUAAAGCGGUUAAAUCUAUGUCACCUAAAGCUUUGAGUGCCUCUGUCAAUGGCAUUGGAUCAGUUGUCAGUAUGAUUGAUAGGAUAGCAGGCUCGGCCCCUGGAAAUGGGUCGAGAGCUGCAGUUGGGGAGGAUCUGGUUGCCAUGACAAAAUGUCGGUUACAAGCAAGAAAUUUUUCACACGAUGGACCAAAUGGAACCAAAAAGAUGAGACGCCACACAAGUGCAAUGCCCUUAAAUGUCGUAUCAUCAGCUGGAAGUGUAAAUGAUGUUUUUAAACCACUGACUGGUGCUGAGACAUCUGAUCUUGAGUCAACUGCAACAUCUAGUGCCAAAAGGCCCAGGGUUGAGGCCAAUCAUGUUCUUCUGGAAGAAAUAAGGGAAAUAAACCAGCGUCUUAUCGACACUGUGGUUGUUAUCAGUGACGAAGUAGUUGAUCCAAGUGCUUUAGCGGCUGCUGCUGAUGGGAGUGAAGGAACAGUUGUCAAGUGUUCUUUUAGUGCUGUGGCUCUCAGUCCCAGCUUAAAAUCCCAGUACACUUCUGCACAAAUGUCUCCAAUUCAGCCUCUACGGUUACUUGUUCCUACAAAUUAUCCAAAUUGUUCUCCAAUACUCUUAGACAAGUUUUCUGUUGAAGUCAGCAAGGAAUAUGAAGACCUUUCAAUAAAGGCCAAGUCAAGAUUUAGCAUAUCCUUACGAAACCUUUCACAACCGAUGUUGCUGAGGGACAUAGCAAGAACAUGGGAUAUCUGCGCACGGGCUGUUGUUUCUGAGUACGCUCAGCAGAGCGGUGGUGGCAGCUUUUGCUCAAAGUAUGGUGCUUGGGAGAACUGUCUGAGCGCUGCAUGAUUCGAACAAUCCAUCUACAUCACAAAUUUCCGUGAACCAUCCCAAAUGAUUUCCAGCAAGCUGACUGACCAGCCCCGCAUGCUUGGGGAAGACAGGCAGUUUAUUUAAAUAAUGUUAACAUAUCCCAAAGUAGGUCCCUCUUUAAGCUUAAAAUCUUGUUUAUUAAAUGUCAUAUCAUGGGCAGUAGGCUAAUUGAGUCUUCGUACUUUGCCACGAUGGAUCUGUUUCGCUUGUCAAAACCGAUGCCUCUUUUGGCUACCUAUCUGUAAAUCAUAAUAUGGGGGACUGUAAAAGGGAAACCCCUGAUGUUUAAUGAAUGCAUAAAUAUAUCUGUUUGAUAGGAAA